AUGACGGAACUACAGGAGGCAUUCAACAGGGCUAUAGAGCCACUUCCAGCAAUCGAAGACGAGAGCUUUGCAGCCCACUUCGAUAGUUAUGCCGAUCGAAAUAUAGUACUGCUGGGUGACGGCAGCCAUGGCACAUCUGAAUUUUACCGUGCUCGAACCGAGAUCACAAAACGAUUCAUACAGGAACACGGAUUUACGAUGGUCGCUGUUGAAGCUGACUGGCCCGACGCUGAGGCAAUCGAUCGAUAUGUACGCAUGCGUCCUGGACCGAAAGCGGGAAUCGGGGGUUCAGCAAAAGGAUUCGAGCCGUUUAAACGGUUUCCAACUUGGAUGUGGCGCAAUCGUGAAAUGCAAGAUCUGGUGGAGUGGAUGCGGGACUGGAACAAGGAUCUCCCACCAAAUCGACGGGUCGGGUUCUAUGGACUGGAUCUUUAUAGUAUGGGAACUUCGAUUCGAGCCGUGAUUGAAUAUCUUGAUAAAGUGAAUCCUGAAGCUGGGAAAGAGGCGCGAAAACGGUAUGGGUGCUUGGAUCCGUGGGUUGAGGAUCCCACGUCAUAUGGGUUGGCUGCGCUGCAUGGAAUGGAAGACUGUGAAGCUGCAGUCAUGACCAUUCUGCGAGACCUCCUGGAGAAACGAUUGGAAUAUGUAUCGGAGAAUGUCCAAGAGGAGGAUGAAUACCUGAGUGGGAAACAGAACGCUUACCUCGUCCGCGAUGCUGAGAGGUACUAUAAGGCAAUGUAUUGGAGCUCAGCUAGCUCGUGGACCUUGAGAGAUACACACAUGUUCGAUACUCUCUGUCGUCUGAUACAGCAUCGCCCAUCUCCAGCCCACAAAGCUCUUGUAUGGGCCCAUAAUUCGCACGUUGGUGAUGCUCGAUAUACGAGCAUGGGAAUGCGACGCAGCGAAAUCAAUAUCGGCCAGUUAUGUCGUGAGAAAUUCAGUCGAGAGAAUGUCGCUAUUCUUGGCUGCGGUACCCAUACAGGAACUGUAGCUGCGGCCCAUGAAUGGGAUGAGGAUAUGCAAAUCAUGGAUGUCCGUCCUUCGCGAAGUGACAGUUGGGAAAUAAUAGCGCAUGAUUCUGGGAUUCCGAGUUUCCUCAUCGAUCUUCGAAGGGGUCGCGUUGACCCUACUCUCCGUGCUGUGUUGGCGCAAGAGCGUCGUCUUCAGCGUUUCAUCGGGGUCAUAUAUCGUCCUGAGACAGAAAGAGCCUCUCAUUAUUCUCAGGCGUUGAUUCAUAAACAAUUCGAUGGUUAUAUCUGGUUCGAUUGUACAGAAGCUGUGAAGCCUCUGGAAGUCAUCCAGCCUAAAACACCAGUUGGAAAAGAGGAAACAUACCCAUUCGGACUGUGA